AUGAAGAAAUUAAUGGUGGUUUCUUCGGUGGUACUUGGUAUAGGUUAUUGCCUGAGUUUGUUACUCGACGAAUCUCAGAAAAGAAAAGUAAUCGCAGCUGAAAAACAGUUUUUAAAACGGAUUUGGUGCAACUCAAUCGAACUAAUAAACCCCGUUCCAUGUUCAACGGCCGAUCAAGACGCCGUUCCAUGUUCAACGGCCGAUCAAGACGACUCUUCUUCGCCAAAUAUGCCAGAUGGCGACGAUGAAUUUACCGCGGAAACGAGACACGUUUCGCCUCACUUCCUGACCAAAAUUGAAUCGUUCUCCUUACUUUCCGAGUACGGGAUUGAAAAGUACGAAACAAGAGUAUUCGAAUCCGGAGAUUACAAAUGGUAUGUCCCAUUCUUUUUUGUUAUUAUUCACCUCAUCCGAUUUAAUUCUUACAAAUGUUAUUUCCACAGAGGCGGUGGGAGGAGCAGCGACCGACGGCGCAAGGCGGCGGCUAAGCAUAGGCGAAUGGCGGUGGUGGAGAAGCGGCGAACGUCGGUGGUGGAGCAGCGGUGGCUGAGUAGCGGAGCAAAGCGGUGGCUGAGCAGCGGCGCAGGGCGAACGGCAGUGGCGGAGCAGCGUCAAACUUCUACCUUAACUGAGGUAAUAAAAAUAUACAACCAUAUGACAUAA